CUACACGGUGCAGUGAUCAUCGUAAGUGGUGGAUUGUUAGUAUUCCGGUUGGUAAACUUCGUCAUAACACCAGUUCCUGGGACGACGCCGGCGGCUGUAUUUCUGCGCUUAUCGCACAAACAUAGUAAAGAAUGUCUGAAGAUAAAUCAUCUAGUACCAUGGAUGAAACAACUCGCCCGUCUGUUACACGAAAGGAUAGCAAUAGCGUUCGGUGGUCGAUGGCAGCUGAACGAGCACUUAACAUGAGGUUGAGUUCACAGGGAGAAGUCGAUGGCGGCAAGGACGAUGGCAUUGCAGAAGAUGAGCUCACACGACAAAAUAAAGGUCAAGAGGAUAUUGGUAGCUCAACUAUAACUGCCCGACGACGCUCAACCCAAAAACUUCUCGAAGAUAUCAAUCAAAAGAAAUUUGAUGAGUGGGAUCCGGAGCUCAGUAUUCAACUUUUGAAAAUCCCCAGCUUAGCCAACUACUCCGGUUUUAGGAAGCUGAUUGAGAAUGCAAAACCCUCUUGGAUGGAAGAUUUCUUGGAACGUGAUGGACUCUCCGUUUUGUUUGACAGGCUGGAAAAGUUAUCUACUGGCUUUGGUAUAACCAACGCCUUAUUUCAGUCAGAGGUGGCCUAUGGUAUUCGGGCCGUUGUUAAUUCAAAAAUUGGUUUGCAGUAUCUACUCGCACAUCGCCAGUUCACUCGUCAACUGUUUAGUGUUAUGGCAACAAAGAAUGUUUUGGCAAAAAAACUUGUAUUGGAACUUUUCAGCGCUGUUUGCGUCUACUCUGACAGUGGCCAUGAAGCUACUUUAGAUGCACUCGACUAUUUCAAGAUGUCGAGAACUAAGUUGCAACGCUUCGCUAUUCUGGUAUCAGAGAUACUCAGUGCAGACACUGAUGAAUAUAGGGCAACUAUCUUGGGUUUCGCCAAUUCUUUGAUAUUGGGAACAGAAAAUAUUUGGACGCGGCACGCAAUACGUUCAGAAAUGAUUGGCUUGGGACUGCUUGACGCAAUUGAGAACGUGGAAAAGUCUGACAACCCAGAAUUAUUUAUUCAAAUUCAAGUAUUUGAGCACCAUCGCACAAAAGAUGACGAUAAUCUGGACCAAACCGACGUGAAAUCCUUGUUCGAUCUCUUCUCACUUUACUUCAUUAAAAUCAAAGAUAAACCGCAGGCCCUAUCUCUUCAUUCAGUUCUUUCGAAUCUUAUACAGCUGAAUGUUGGUGAUCCGAUCAACUCUCGACUGUGGAACCUACUUGAAAAAGCGACUGAAGAUGCCGUCAAGGGAAAUUUGUCGGAAUGGAGUAGAUACAACACUUUUACAAAACAUUGGCCGCAAACAAAUAUGGUUUCCGUUAACACACAAACGGAAGACGAAUUCUUAUCUGACAGCAUCUUUAUAAGUGAAGACGAAGAUUCCAUCCUUGACGGAAGUGUGAGAUCAGCAGCUAUAUUAAGCAAAAUACCUUCUCAUCAUGUGCCAUCGAAAUCACCGCCUACACCUCCACCGCUGCCUUCAACCCUGCAUACACCGCUUCGUCCACCAUCACCCUUACAACUGUCUGCGUUUGCUGACAGUUUUUCUAGUCAGUUACCGCCGCCGCCACCUCCACCUCCCCUUCCUCUGUCUCUCAGUUCGAAUCCUCCUCCACCACCAGCGCUACCAAUAACCGGACCCCAAUCCCUAACAUCACCAACAACGCCACCCUUACCACCACCUUUACCACCACCUUUACCACCACCUUUACCACCACCUUUACCACCACCUUUACCACCACCCUUACCAUCAUCUUUACCACCACCCUUACCACCACCGUUACCACCACCCUUACCACCACCCUUACCACCACCCUUACCAUCAUUCUUUCCACCACCCAUACCACCACCGUUACCACCAACGCUACCACCGCCCUUACCACCACCUUUACCACCACCUUUACCACCAUUCCUACAAUCAUCUACGCUGCCAUUGUCCCCACCACCCUUACCGCCAUUGCCCCCACCACCCUUACCGCCAUUGCCCCCACCGUUCCCCUCUACUGGAAAUUCCAUACUUCCACCACCUCCACCGCCUCCGCCACCUCAAAGUGGUGCAGCAGUUGGAGGGGUUCUGCCUCCUCCACCUUGUCCACCGCUGGGUGGGCUCAUUUCUUCUGCCGUUGCUUCUACCACAGAUUGCGCUUUGAAUCCCUUGAAGCUUAGCACUAAAAUGAAAACUCUAAAUUGGAUAAAAGUUACCAGAGUGGAAGAUGAUUCUAUAUGGAAAGAAAUCAAUGCAACGAUUCGAGUUAAACCGCCAGUCAGCUUGCGUCUCCAACAAAUUGAGGAGCUUUUUUGCAUGAAACCAACUCCUGCUCUUUCGUCUACAACAAAAACUGGAGGCAUUAGCGGCGUGAAUAAACAAAUGACUCAUUGCCUCUUAGACAGCAAACGCAGCUUAGCAGUCAACAUAUUCCUUAAACAGUUCAAAAUCCCCAUUGCGGAAAUCGUGAAUCGCAUACGUCAGUGUGAUGAAAAAAAUUUUACGACAGAACAUCUCAAUUGUCUCCAAAAAAUUCUACCGGAUGCAGACGAGAUUUCUACGUUGCUGAACUACAAAGGAGACGUAACCAACCUAGGCCCAGCUGAACAGUUUCUUCUUUGUCUUUUGGCCCUUCCGGGAUAUUCUGUGAAAAUCAAAGCCACUAUAAUGAAAAUAGACUUUCAUCCGUCCAUGUCGGAAUUGGAACCUCCGCUAAGGCUUCUUCUGGCCACCUGUCGUGACCUUCUCGUCAACAAGUCUCUUCAAGAUUUCUUGGCAGUUGUACUUCAGCUUGGAAAUUGCCUGAACAGUAAUAGCUAUGCCGGCAAUGCCGUCGGAUUCAAACUAAGCGCGCUACAGCAGCUCACUGAUUUACGAGCCAAUAAGCCUCGCAUGACCCUUCUUCAUUACAUUGUGGACAUUGCUGUGAAAGACAACCCAGCUCUGUUAGACUUCACUGUCGAAUUGUCAUCUGUUAAAGAAGCAAGUCGGUUAAGUCUCGAGACAAUGGCUGCAGAACUUCGUGAAUGGAUCUCACGAAUUAGUGAACUGCAGAAGCAGCUGUUACACGCAAAAACGGAUCUUACAGAGUUUAGGGAUGAAUUUCUUGCAAAAGCUCAAGAAAAAGUUCUUGUAUUGGAGCAACUGCUAAUAGAAAUUGAUCGUGCUUUUCGUUCAGUUGCCAUUCAUUUCAGUGAAGACCCGAAGAAAUUGAAGCUCUCGGAAUGUUUUGGCAUUUUCUCGGAAUUGAUUAACAAAAUUGAAGUAGCUCGCAAAGAGAACGAAGCCCGCCAGAAACAAGAAGAACGUGUGGCACGAUUGGCUGCUGAAAAAGCCAUUUUGGCAGCAUCCCCACAAGGCUCCCUUGGUCGAUCACCAGGGAAGAAGAUACCGUCUGGAAAAAUCUCUUCUUCCGACGACGAUAUUUGCAUCGUGGAUCGUCUUUUGGGCGAAAUUCGCCGUGGGGAAUUCAAACUGAAAAAGUCAAGGAGUGGAUAAUGCAAACAAGCUAAGUUUAUUUUGAUUUAUCAGUUUUGCAUGGUUUUUGUUAGUUGUUCUCUAAGGUUAAGUUUUCAUCGUAAAAUUUUACGUAGCAAAAACCAGUUUUGCGAAUUAUUGUCGUUAGAAUUUCUAAAAAGUCUAAACUGCCAAAAAUAGAAAAGGUGCCUAAUCAAAGGGACAUUGGUAGAACAAAAGCAGAAAUUAAGUCCGUGAUAAUGUAAAUCGUUCGUUGAAUUGGCGACGUACUAGGUACGUUUAACAGCAUGACCAACAGCAUUAGUUCAACUGCGGCUAUGUCCACGAUACAGCAGGAUGAAUAACCUAAUAAUCUUUCAAACGUCCAAACAUUUUCAUUACAUUGCGCGUUGAUAAUACCGUAGAGCUUUGCGUCUUUUACAUUAAACCCCCAUGACAGGCUUAGACCAAUUUUAGUUCAAUAUCUUUGCU